AUAUAUAUACCCAGGUACCUGCCCCGUAACCCUCAGUGGCCAGCUUGACGCCGUAAGGGAAGGUCAGUCCCAUGGCUCUCCGCAUCUUGAUCGUGGUGGCACUGGUGGGUGUCGCCGCUUCAGAGUCCGUCAGUCACGUGUCCAUCUCCUUCGGUGGACAGCAGCCCGUCAGCUACAAGGUCCGCCAGCACGCCCGCCACGCCGCCCACGAGCCGCCAGAUGCCCUGAGAAAGCCGCCGAAGACCACAACCUAUGCCACACCCCCGAAGAACCCCACCCAGGCCGUGACAGAGCCCCCCAGCACCCCCGCCACGACCCAGAGUCCCAGUUCGCACCCCACCCAUGCCAGCGCCCCCAUUACACCCGCGUCUGCCUCAUACGCCCCGCAGACAACAGAGGCCCCCGCCAAACACUCACGACCCGGGAAGAAACAGCCCUCGCCGCCACGCCCUUCGCCGCCUUAUCACCUCGCUACAUCUCACGCCCCGGCCCCGCACAUACAGCCUCGCUCACGCCUCACCUUACAGCUACGCCCCUUCAUAUCGCCUCCCCGCACCCCCGCACUAUACCUACGUCCCUACCUACGACUCCAAGCCAGUCUACUACCCGCAGCCUGACCUCCCCGCCUGUGCAGAGCUGACCAACGACACCUACUGCACUGAGGACGAGGACUAUCCGAAGUAUGAGAUCAAGCAAGCGAUUAGAUACCAUUUGGAUAAGUUCAAUCAUCUCUACGCUGAUGUGGCUGACCUCAACACCGAGCUGUCCGUGGAGGGGCCUGAGGAACCUGAAGAGGAGACCUACCUCUGCCCCUCCGUCACCGCUUACGUCAAGCCGCUGCGGGCUAAGAACACUGAGGGCAAGUGGCGCGUGGUGGUGAACAACGUGGACAUUCACUACGAGACGGUCACUCAGACAGCCCGCGUGGAGCAGUGUGAGGGCCAUGACCCCUGCCCCAAGGUCCCCCACUGCUACGACUCCAAGUGCCUGCAGAAGUCCGUUUACCACCGCUUCCUCGUCUACGACCCCUACGACCAGUACUUCCCCUUCGCUGUGGAGACCUUCAAGCUGCCCGCCAGCUGUGCCUGCCUCCUCGGCGCCUCCUCCUUCGACCACUAACCACCACAACCACCACCAUCACCACCACCACUAAACACCGCACCUACAAGCACAAAUGUGUUACCUGCUUCUCACAACACCUGAGCUAACUUUGCCUAAUCAAAGGGUGACGUGUGGGGGACAGGUAGCCUCACACCUGAGCCACGAGGUAGUGAUUUAUUAAGACCGCACAGGUAGAGGCAGGUACCGUAGAUCCCACAUUAAGAAGCACUAAAUAUUCUGUACUAAGGAUUCCUCCGUGAGAUUCCCACCCAUCUUAAACCAAUACCUAAUCUAACAUAAAAUAACCUAAUACAACCAAAAUUUAACCUAAUCCAUCAAGGAGGAAUUACCUUAGAAAAAAAAAAAAAACUAAUGAAGUGAUGGGGGAACACCUAACCUAACGUAAACUAAGCUAACCUAACGUAACCAAAGCUAGCCUAACGUAUCAAGGAGGAAUUACUAUGGGAUAAAUCUAAUGGAUGGAAUGUAGAGAGUGGACGUGUAGCUGUAACCUCACCUAACCUAACCUAACCUAACCUAACUUAUCCUAACAGAACCUCAUCUAAUCUAAGCUAACCUAAACUAACCGAACGUAACAUAUCAAGGGGAUUGAUUACUAAGGGAGGAAUCUUAAGCAUGGAGUGUACUGGGGAAGUCUGCCCGGGGGACUUUACAGUAUAGCAAAUUAUGAACAGGUACAUGCAAGGAGGUGACGUAAAAUUUACCUUUUUUUUUAAUGAUUUUCUGUUUCUUUCUUUCUAAAUGGCAUUAUAAGCAAGUUUUAUUUUCUCUUUUUUUUUUUGCAGUCUAUUUCAUCUCUUUCUCUCUUACUUUGCCCUUGGCCUGUCUCCCUAAUACCCCAGAACAAUGUUAAUUAAGGCAAAACAAAUAAUGAUAACACCGCAUAACCUACAAUUAAGAAAAUAAGAUAAAUACGAUAUAUUAAAGUAAUCUAAUAAGGUAGAUUUAAGUCAAUUUAUAUUUAGUUCGUCGAUUAGUGAUAAGGUAGAAUUAAAUUAUUUCCGAUUAACA